CAUGAAUAUAGUCCAUUCAUAAUGUCCUAAAAAAGUUGAACCCGGUCUCCCUACCAAAAAACUUUUUGGGAUGCCAAUUCUCUGUCACAAUCAAUAUACAUCAUUUUGUGAAGGAUCUCUAUUAUAUAUGUGAUAUGUCCUAGGAAAUUUGGAUGACUAAAUCAUACAUCUUCUGUUCUUCAAGCAUUCUAGCUGUUACUCUAUAAUGGAAAUUUCAACUGAAGAUAAAAGAAAGCAUAACAUCAAUAAGGAGCUUUACUGUGCAUUGAUGAAGCAAGAACAAAAUGAAGUUAUACAACUCUGUCAAAAACUCCAAGAGGGGCCAUUGCAUAUAUUAACCGUGCACGAUGACACAGUUCUCCAUGUGGCUGCCUACUCUAAACAAAAAGAUUUGGUUCUCUGUUUACUUAAAGAGUUGGAAACGCGAUUUCCUGAGUUUCCUCUAGAUGGACUAAAGCAUCGCAAUGAUAUGGGGGAUACCAUUCUUCAUGACAUAGCCACUUUUGACGGAUUAGAUUCAGCUGCAAAGGUAAUAUUGGAUAGAGCACCUGAUUUACUUCGUAUGCGCAAUAAGGGUGGAGAGACUGCUUUAUUUCGUGCUGUUCGUUAUGGGAAAGCAGUGAUGUUUGAUUUUCUUGAUGAACAAGUGAAUCAACGUUUUGAUGAUGAUGAGAGAGAGGCUUGUUAUUAUAAGCUUGGUGGAGCCACAAUUCUUCAUGCUGCUGUGCGCUCUGAGCACUUUGGUUUGGCCCUGUUGAUUGCAAAAAAGUAUGAUUAUUUGGUCAAUGAACGAGAUGCAGAUGGAAUGACUGCUCUUCAACUUCUUGCAUGCAACCGACAAGCAUUUGGAAGUGGAGAGAAGUAUAGUUUUAUCAAGAGAUCCAUUUACACCCGUCUUUCAACUGAACAUAAGGCUACAGAGAGUGAAGGUAAAACUCCAUAUACCCUAUAUAAGAACCUUAGAACAUCGCCUUUUAUGUUUCUUAUGGAAUAA